UAUAUAUGCGUCUAGCGUAUGCUUGCAUGUGUGCGUGGCUGCGCCCACCACGAUACCUAUACGACAAUAAAGCAGUGCAUAACUAGCUACCGGUUGUUUCACUUGUGUCCUCGUCUACGUAUCUAACAGUGGCGACGAAUACCCACAUUUAAAAAAAAAAAAAAAGUAACAUGUCGACUGGAUUAUUUGGAAUUUUGACCAGUUUUGACCACAAUGGACAGGAGUGGAAGACAUACAAAAGUCGCCUGACACAGUGGUUUGUGGCAAACGACAUCACCGAUGUGACAGACGCGACUAAAACAAAGCGGAGAGCUAUAUUGCUAAGUGCACUCACGGAGGGUACGUACAGACUCGCUGCAGAUUUGGUUUUACCUAAGGAUGUACAAACGGUGCCCUACGACGAUAUCAUAAAUAGUUUGGAUACCCAUUUCAACCCUAAACAAGUUGGGUUCAGCGAGAGGCAUAAUUUCUACGCAGCGGUACAACGAGAAGGCGAAUCUCACUCGCAGUGGGCCGCGAGACUUCGUGGUCUGACGUCGCUUUGUGCCUUCAAUAAUGUGGAAGAAACGCUACUCGAUCGCUUUAUUAUGGGAAUGAGGGCUUGUUACGAAAAAGAAAAGCUCUACGCGCAAGAUUUGGCUGGCCUUACACUUAGCAAAGCUGUGCAGUACGCCGAGAAUGUUAGCACAGCGCGUGCAGCUGCCGCCGCCAGCGCGAGCGGAGCUGGCGCAUCUGCCGCGGGCGCCGCGGCGCGGGACCCGCUAUUAAAGAUUUCACGCAGUGCUAGUGCCAAGGGAUCGGCCGCUACAAAGAGUAGCCGUGUAGAAAAGCCUAAGUGUACCAUAUGCGGGUAUACCAACCACAAGACCGCGGAGUGUCAGUAUAGUGAUUAUGUGUGUAAGAAGUGUAACGUUAAAGGCCAUCUACGUAGGGUGUGUCCAUCAAAAGUGAAUUACGUAGACAAUGGAGCCGGAGACGAGGACUUCGGGGACGAUGUGCUCACAGGAUAAUAAUAAUGUAACUAACCGGAAACAAUUCGCAAUUGGCA